AUGAAUCUUUCAGCAAGCCAAGAAAAAAAGUUUAUGGUCUGCAUCAUGUCUGGAGCCAGCAGUAAGCUUGCUCUUUUCCUCUAUGGCUGUUACGUGGUUGCCCUGGGAGUCCACGCCGGGAAGUAUCGCGUGGCUGAACGUCACGUGGCUGAAUAUUACGUAGCUGCUGUGUACGAGCACCAGUCCAUCUUGAGCCCAGACCCUCUAUCUCUCACCACCCGAAAGCAGGCCUUGGAGCUAAUGAACCAGAACCUCAACAUCUAUGAACAGCAAGUGAUGGCUGCAGCCCAAAAGGGUGUACAGAUUAUAGUUUUUCCAGAAGAUGGCAUUCAUGGAUUCAACUUUACAAGAACAUCCAUUUACCCAUUUUUGGACUUCAUGCCCUCUCCCCAUAUGGUGAGAUGGAACCCAUGCCUGGAGCCUCACCGGUUCAAUGACACAGAGGUCCUCCAGCGCCUGAGUUGUAUGGCCAUCAGGGGACAGAUGUUCCUGGUAGCCAAUCUCGGGACAAAGCAGCCUUGUCAUAGCAGUGACCCAGGGUGCCCCAACGAUGGGAGAUACCAGUUUAACACGAAUGUUGUGUUCAGCAAUAAUGGAACCCUCGUUGACCGCUACCGCAAACACAACCUGUAUUUUGAGGCAGCUUUUGAUACCCCUGCCAAUGUGGAUUACAUCACCUUUGAUACCCCUUUUGCUGGCAAGUUUGGCAUCUUCACUUGCUUUGACAUAUUGUUCUUUAACCCUGCCAUCAGCCUCCUCAGAGACUCUGAGGUGAAGCACGUUGUGUACCCAACUGCCUGGAUGAACCAGCUCCCACUCUUGGCAGCUAUUCAGAUUCAGCAUGGCUUUGCCAUCGCCCUUGGCGUCAAUGUUCUGGCAGCUAACAUUCACCAUCCAUCUCUGGGGAUGACAGGGAGUGGCAUACACACUCCUCUGCAAUCUUUUUGGUACCACGACACAGAAAACCCUGGAGGUUACCUUCUAGUUGCCCAGGUGCCCAAAAAUCCACUGGGUCACACUGGUACAGAGAAUGCAACAGGUAAAAUGACCCCAUCCCAUACUAAGUUUUUAAAAAUACUAGCAGGCGACCCAUACUGUGAGAAGGAUGCUCAAGAAGUCCAUUGUGAGGGAUCCGCCAAGUGGAAUAUGAAUGCUCCUCCCACGUUUCACUCUGAAAUGAUGUAUGACAAUUUCACCCUGGUCCCUGUAUGGGGAAAGGAAGGCCAUCUCCGCGUCUGUGCAGAUGGCCUCUGCUGUUACUUACUAUACCAGCGGUCCGACCUGUCCCCAGAGCUGUAUGCCCUGGGCAUCUUCAAUGGCCUUCACACAGUGCAUGGCACUUACUACCUUCAAGUUUGUGCCCUGGUCAAGUGUGGGGGGCUUGGCCUUGACACCUGUGGGCAGGAGGUCACAGAGGCCACGGGGAUAUUUGAGUUUCACCUCUGGGGAAAUUUCACUACUUCCUAUAUCUUCCCUCUGUUUCUGACCUCAGGGAUGACCCUGGAAAUCCCUGACCAGAUGGGUUGGGAGAAUGACCACUAUUUCAUGAGGAAAAAUGGGCUGUCCUCGGGCUUGAUGACAGCAGCUCUCUACGGGCGAUUGUAUGAGAGGGACUAGAGGAAGUGUGUGGGGUGAGUGCUGGCUGCCACGUGGGCAGACCACAGGUCCCAAGUAUGGUGACCACCUCUCUGCCCUAAGGGCAGGAACCACGUCUGUGGCACCAGAUCCCACCCGGGAACUCUGGGAAGAAGUAGGAGAUGCAGAUUCCCUCGGCAUCUGCUCUUAAGUGUGAAUUACUGAGACAU